AUGAGUACUGACGUUGCUGCUGCGCAAGCUCAAAGUAAAAUAGAUUCAACAAAAAAAAAGAAUGAGGAAAUAAAUAAGAAGUCGCUGGAGGAAGACGAUGAAUUUGAAGAUUUUCCUAUUGACACAUGGGCCAAUGGUGAAACAAUAAAAAGCAAUAGUGUAACGCAGACAAACAUAUGGGAAGAAAACUGGGACGAUGUUGAAGUUGAUGACGAUUUCACCAAUGAAUUGAAGGCCGAACUAGAUAGAUAUAAACGAGAAAAUCAGUGA